GCGUAACUGCCUUUUGGAAUUUGCCCUAUCCUGUCAGUUGCACACUGUGCUGCUGUGUGACGGGAGACAGUUUACAUUACCUUCAACUCUUUACUGAGAUUACUUCAGAAUGCGACUCAACAGACUUGGAAAACAAGAAUGGACUGGGGUAAAAUUGAAGCCAGGGACAAUCCAGCACACAAUCCAAAAGGAUGGCACCAGCUGUGGGGUCCUUGUGAUGGAGAUCCUUCAGAUGGCAAAACAAAUAAUAGCCACAUAUUCCUGAGGCCUUUUGCAUCAAUCCCUCAAAUUCAGUUUCAAAGCUCCGGACAGAAAUGGCUCAGAGUUUGCUCUCUUCCUCAGAUUCAGAAGAGAAAUACUGUGCUGUUUGUGGACUACAAGAACUUCCACGAAGCAGGGGGAGAGGAGCAGCAGUCAUUGACUGGACUGAGUGGACCAGUUGUGCCAAGAUGUUCCUAGCCAAGAGACUAAUUGGAGGCAUUCUUGAUGUGGUCAGCAACAUCGACCCCAACCAGUUUGGGCCCUCAGAGCCUCCCCCACCCCGCAGACCGCUGGCUUAUGCUGAGAGCAACGACACUGAGGAAGAGAAACAGUUCCGCAAAGUAUUCCAGCAGCUAGCUGGUGAUGACAUGGAAGUAAGCCCCACUGAACUUAUGAACAUCCUCAACAGAAUAAUCUCCAAACAUGCUGACCUGAAGACAGAUGGCUUUAGCAUUGAGUCAUGCAGAAGUAUGGUGGCAGUCAUGGAUAGUGACAGCACAGGUAAACUGGGCUUCCAUGAGUUUAAACACCUCUGGAACAACAUCAAGAAGUGGCAAGGAGUGUAUAAAGCUUAUGACAGGGAUGGCUCAGGAACUAUUGGAGCAGAUGAGCUUCCAGCUGCCUUUAAAGCUGCAGGUUUCCCUCUAAAUGAUCAGCUCUUUCAGAUGAUUAUUCGCAGAUACAGUGAUGAGAAUGGAAACAUGGACUUUGACAAUUACAUUGGCUGCCUAGUGAGACUGGAUGCCAUGUGCCGUGCCUUCAAGACUCUUGACAAGGACAACGAUGGUACAAUCAAGGUCAAUGUUCAGGAGUGGCUGCAGCUGACCAUGUACUCUUGAGCAAUGUGAACACCUGGAACACUGUUGAAACUAUCAGUCCAACGCUUGAAUGCAAUAAUGAAUAUAUGCUUUACACAGCUCGCUCUCUCUCUUUCUUGUUCCUCACAUAGUUUAUCAAUAAUUCUGGAGAAACACUAGCACGGAGCUGGUCUACCACUGGGGUUCUAUGGGUCACUCGACUGACAUUUUUUUUUUUUUUUUUAAUAAGUUUACUUUUGCCAUGUGUUUUUUUUUUUUUUUCAUUAGUAGCAUUGUUCAAUAGAAAAUUAUCCAAAGAAAGAAAAUGUGACAAAAUUAUCCCAUUUAUUCUGAAGAGUGUAGGUUCAGUUACAAAUGUUCAAAACUGUGUUUCAAUGUCUAUACAUGUGUGCAAUACAUGCGAUUGUCAGUUGGUGCCAUUUUUGCAUGAAGCCAAGAGCGAUAUAAGGGAUACCAAUUGGUGCCAAGAAUAAAGAGAUACCUGUGAGAAUCCAGUGUCAAAUACAGUUUUAUAUUGAAUUAAAAAACAGAUGAGACAGUGAUAAAA